AUGAUUCGCAAUCAUAAAUCAUUAUCAGAAGAAGAAAUAUUGCUGCUUCUCGAAGGUGAUUUAUCUGAUUUGGAACUUGAUACGUCUGAUGUGGAGGAAGAGAUUGAAAAUGCUUGGCAGCGGGACCCUACUACACUGGAUAUACAGUUUCUUCAAGGAAUGGACCUUGAUAUGGUUGAAAUUCUGGACCCUCAAUCCAAUGAUGAGGAUGAUGUUCCCUUAGCUUCAAGAUUACUUGCUGAGACAAACCUUGCUCCAAGUCAUUCAGCUCAGGAAAUUCAGUGUGAUACACACUGGGAUCUUCGGUGGAGAAUGAAGGACAUUGAAGAAGUGGACACAUCAUGUAAUGCAGUUUUUUCUGACCCUCCAGGAGAUGAACUGACACCUUUGCAGUAUUUCAGAACAAUGUGUAGUGAUGACAUUAUCCAGAGCCUAGUCGAACAAUAUAAUCUAUACUGCACACAGAAAACAUGUGCAUCUUUAGAUACAAAUGUUCGUGAAAUAGAAAAGUAUAUAGGGAUAAACAUCCUAGCAGGUGUUGUGAAAACGCCUAGUUACAGAAUGUACUGGGCAGAGGCUACAAGAUUUUCUCCAUUAGCUGACUCAAUGCCUAGAAAUAGGUUUGAUAAGCUAAGAAAUUAUUUACAUGUGAAUGACAACACUAAAAUGAAACCAAGAGAGGACCCUGAUUAUGACAAGCUGUUCAAGGUGAGACUAUUUGUUGACGAAAUCAAACAAGGUUUUUCAAUUAUUGAACCUGAGGAAUAUCAUUCAGUGGAUGAAUUAAUCAUUCCUUUCAAAGGUCAUUCACCCCUGAAACAGUAUGUAAAAAGCAAACGACACAAGUGGGGUAUAAAAGUUUUUGCCCGUGCUGACAAUUGGUUCACCUCUUACAAUCUUAUUUCUGCCGUGAAAAACUAUGGCAUUUUGGCUGUUGGAACUGUUAGACCCACAAGACUUCAAGGCUGCAGUCUAAAAGCAGACAGUGAGCUGAAAAAGCAGGGACGAGGAUCAUACGAUUAUCGAACUGAAACAGAAAGGAACAUCAUAGCGCUGAAGUGGUAUGAUAACAAGUCUGUCGUUCUUGCAUCAUCAUACAAAGGAGUAAGUCCAGUAGAACCAGUGAAACGCUGGUCAGUGGGAGAACGGAAACAUAUUGAUGUUCCAAGGCCAGACAUUGUUAGAGAAUAUAACCGUUCUAUGGGAGGAGUUGACCUGCACGACAUGCUGGUUGCUUUGUAUAGGAGUAAUAUUGAUGUGAAAAGAUUUAAUCUAAGGAUCGUAUUCCACCUCCUUGACAUGUGUCUUGUGAAUGCGUGGCUCCUAUACCGCCGACAUUGCAGACAAAGAGGAAUUAUUAAACACAUGUCUCUGUUGAUUUUUCGGUCUGAUGUAGCUCAUGGACUACUAAAAGCAGAAGACAUUUUGAUAAGAAGACGAGGACGGCCAUCAGAUGACAGUCCAUCGCCUACAGUUGUGAAGAAACGAGCCCCAUUGGUUCCCAGCCCAGUUGAUGAUCAUAUUCUCGAACGAAAUGCAUCAAAUGUAAUACCAAAGACAGGAACUGUUUCUUAA